AAUUAUUGCUUUUGAUUAACUAAUUGUCUUGAUCAAUGUUUAACUGUUUUUCUCCGGAACGUUGAUUUAUUGUUAAUUGUUAAUUGUUUUCGCUGAUUGUGGUUUUCAUCGUUUAAUGAACACCGAUAAUCAUUAAUUUCUUUUUAUUCUAUCAAAUCUUAUUUUUAUUUUCUCUUCAUUUUCUCCUUGUUUUUUUCUCAUCAGCUUUUUCUAUGCUUUCAACCACUUGCUAACCUCUCAUCUUUAAUCAUGGGAGGUAAUAUCUCUCAAUUAGAAAAGGAAUUAAAUUGUGAAUCUAUCACGGUUAAUGAACAUUAUUUUGGACUGGUCAACUUUGGUAAUUCCUGUUAUUGUAAUUCGGUUCUUCAAGCAUUAUACUUUUGUCGUCCCUUUCGUGAGAAAGUGUUGGAAUAUAAAUCCAAAAAUAAAAGAGUCUCUCAAAAUAAGGAAACCUUGUUGACAUGUUUAGCUGAUUUGUAUCAUCAUAUUGCCACUCAAAAGAAGAAAACUGGUACCGUAGCUCCGAAAAAGUUUAUUGCUCGUCUCAAGAAGGAGAAUGUUGUUUUUGAUAAUUUUCUACAACAAGAUGCCCAUGAAUUUUUCAAUUAUCUAUUAAACACUAUUGCCGAUUUGCUUGCUGCUGAAAAAUCCGGAAAUUCAACAAAUGGAUCAACAAUUAAUGAUUCUGUCAAUGGUACAAACAAUCCUGAUAGCAAUAGAACUUGGAUUCAAGAUAUUUUCCAAGGAACUUUGACCAAUGAGACUCGAUGUCUUAAUUGUGAAUCAUUGUCAUCCAAAGAUGAAGAUUUUCUAGAUUUAAGUGUUGAAAUCCAACAGAAUACAUCAAUAACACACUGUCUUAGAGUUUUCAGUAAUACAGAGACUUUAUCAUCCGAACACAAAUACUAUUGUGAAAAUUGUUGUUCCAAACAAGAAGCUCAAAAACGUAUGAGAAUCAAAAAAUUACCAAUGAUACUUGCACUUCACCUGAAACGAUUUAAAUACAUGGAAUCACAAAAUAGACAUACGAAAAUUUCCUACCGUGUUGUGUUUCCCCUUGAAUUGCGAUUAUUUAACAAGGCAUCUACUCGAAGUGGUGAUGAUAAACUUUACGAUUUGGUCGCAGUUGUAAUCCAUUGUGGUCCAGGUCCUAAUAGAGGUCAUUAUAUAACAAUAGUCAAAUCAUUCGGUUUCUGGUUACUCUUUGACGAUGAAUUAGUGGAGAAAAUGGAUGUUUCAUCGAUCGAGGAUUUCUACGGAAUCACCAGUGACACUCAGAAGAGCAGUGAAUCAUGUUACAUUCUCCUUUACCAAGCAAGAGAAUCAAUUCAACCUUCUUGAGAAAAAGAGAUCAAAACAAUCAACAGAGAAAUUCUAAUCAUUAUCAAGUCUAACUAAAGAUUGUAAAUACAAACAAAAAGAUUAUCAAUAUAUUAUAUGUUAUAUAUUAUUGAAA